AUGGAAUCCGAACUCACUGCGCAGCGCGACGCAGCGAUCGCCGUGGCCAAAGAGCUCCAGCGACAGCAGCAGAAGCAUCAAGCGGAGAUGGAGAGACGCUUUGAGCGGCGCACGCUCCACGCCGAGCGGCUGCGACUCCACGCCGAGGAGACAUGUCGCCGCGCAAUUGAAGACCGCGACUGGCGCGAGAGCUGCUGCCACCGAUUGCUGACGCUGACGCUGUUCUUGGGCUGUGGCGGCGCGGUCGUGGGCUGGGUGAUGGGUCUUUUGCUGCUCGUGGUUGUGGGUGAACCGCUCGUGGGUUUUUUGCUCGUGCUUCCUGGGAUGGCAGCAGGGACGUUAGUGGGACUGACUGUAGCCAAGACGAAGAUGGAGCUGCAGAGCAGACGUCAAGACGCUAAGACAAGAGCGACUCGACGCCAUUUGGAGGUGGAACUGGCGGUGUCGACGGGACUGGGGGACCACGACGCGCCGCUCGAGCCGCUCGAGGACGUUACCGGAUUGCAGGACGUGGCAGAAGAGACUGCGAGACUAGAGCUGUUGCGAGACGAGAGACGAGGGGCAGCAGAGGAGGGACACGCAUCGGCGUCCAAGUACGGAUCACUGCUGAGCUGGGGCUGGAAGGCGGCGUGGUACACGCUGCAGACGUCCAAGAACAUUGCGGUCGGGCUGUAUUACGGCGGCAGUCAUGCGCGAGGGCUGUUGCUCCCGGCUGAAAGCAAGGAAAAGCACGCGUAG